AUGGUCAACCUUUGUUCUACUUGCAAAACGGACCCGCCUGGUUGUCAGAAGGAUCCACCGGAAGAAUGUCAAAAUAAAAAUGAUUGUCAAUGCAAAUGUACCGUUGGCAGUGUCAACGAUGUGAUGGAUAAAGCUGUGACUAUCGGCGGGGGAAUAGUAGUAGCUGGUUGUGGUCUUUUUUUAACUCUAGCUACUGGUGGUUUGUUUGGAAUUCUAGCUGGUGGUGCAGCCUUAGGCGGUGGUAUGAGUUCUGUGGUUCAUGGAACUACAAAGGCAAUUGAAGGUGAACGAAUUGACCCUGAAUCAUAUUUGACCGAUGUUGGUAUCGGAGCAGCAACCGGAGCAUUAACCAGCGGAAUUGGUGCUGCUGGAGAAGUGGCUGCUACAAGUGCCGUUAAACACGUUGGCACAGAAGUGGUAAAUGCUGGAGCUACAAAGUUAGCUGUGCGAAGUGCUACUGGUGUUGUAGCGGGUGUUGCAUCGAAAGGUAUCGACGACGCUAUACAUGAAGAAAAUGACAGUUCGUUCGGUUCAUAUUUGGCGAGUGCUGCUGCAGGAGCUAUCGGAGGAGCCGGCAGUCAUGCGGGUUCCAAUGUAACGAAAGUAAUCCCGUCUGGUGCUACAAAAAGUGUGGCACGAAUUGCCGUAAGUGGAGGAACUGCCGCCGUCGGUGAUGCAACACUUCAAGGAAUCAACAUGGCUGCGGGAAAUCAAGAUGAAUACAAUUUGGGACGCACUGCUAGAAGUGCAGCUACAAGUGGAAUUAUGACAGCCGGACAAGAAGGAAUAAAAAAUGAAAUUUAUCGUGCAAGUGGUGGUAAAGAUAAUUUUCUCCAUGAAAAAACACACGAAAAAUUGAUUAAUGAGGUUCAAAACGAUGUAAUUGAUGGAUAUGAAAAUUUGAAGAAAUUACCUGAAGGUGCAUUAGAACGAGUACAAGGAUUUAUGUCUAAAUAUGAUGGUUUGGACAUUCCCAAUGUCCACGAAAAAGCUUUGAUUCAGGAUAUUGAAAGCAGAUUGCCGGCAUUAAAAGCCGAUUUAGAGACUCUAACAAGCAAAUUAAAGACUGAAGCCGCGUCAAACACUGCAACAGCCAAGUCAAAGACUGCACUUCAAAAUGAGAGAGUUAGAGUUAAAGCAGAGAUAAAGAAUUUAGAUCAAAUGAAAAAAGCCACAAAUGCCGCUCUUGUACCCGAACCACCAUCACAUUUUUUUAUGAAUGAAGGCAAUGCUCAUUUUCUGACUGGAAUGAAGGAAGGACAACUGGCUUUUGAUGUUAAAACACCGGGUGUUGAAGGAAGAGCACUGAGAAGAGCAAUAUUUGAUUUCGAUCCGAAAGCUCCAAAAGGUGCUCAGCUCAAAUUCACCGGUUAUAUUGAUGAUCAUAAUUAUUCGAAAGUGCCAAAUUUUGGUGAAGGAAAGUAUGAUCAAACUCAUGCAGAAUGCAACGAAAAUUUAAAAUCAACAAACAUCACAACUAAUUUCACCGGCAAUCAAGUAAUACAAAAUGAGCAGCAGCACAUGCAAGACAAAGAAAAAGACGACUAG